AUGAAUAAGAGUUCAACCGACAGCUGGCUCAAUGAGCCCAUCUAUGCCAAAUGGAUACACUGGCACAUCUUCGGCCGCCUCCUAGACUUGAGCCAAACCAUCGACCUCAAGUACAAGCCUGGCGACGAGUGGGAUAUUAACGAGGAGCGCUUUUGUGAAGGAAUGGCCAUUGAGGCAGCCUGGAUGUGUCGCAUCACAGGCUGGGCCGCUGUUCGCAGCAUACCCCUCAAUAGUCGCUUGUUCGCGGCGUAUGCCCGUGUUGUUGCCGCUAGUGCCGGCAAGUGCUCGAUCGACGAUUCACUCUUCAAUAACAAGGAAAUGUGGCAUAUCUGCAACGAGCUCAAGAUUGUUGAUGAAGAGGACGGUCCGGGACUAGAGGAUAUGGACGCCGACUUCAACAAAAUCAUGAAAAGGCCACCUCCAUGGUGGUUAUAUCUGAGUCCCGAUCCUGCCGUACGUGCCGACGGCCGAGCCCAUGCCCGGGAUGCCGAACGCCGGGAGGCCCAUCUGCAAUACGUGCAUGGCCUAGAUGUUGCUCAUCGUGGACCGGACUUUGGAGAGGCGGAAAGGGAGCCUACAAGGCGGCGGCUCAUGAAGACUCUGGACGAUGCCGAGCAUUUCUUACGACGUCUAGAGAAGGAUCAGGACCUCACUUAUAAGAAACUUGGCGAAGAACAAGCCAACAAUACUCGAGAGCUUCUGGCAGUGUUUCAAGCGGCUUACCCGCAUGCCCAGCUCAAUUUUCGCGAGCAGCACAUCCUCGACUCUGCCGAGUACGCCGAGGGUGCCGGCCCUGCCGGGGGUGCCGGCGCAUCUCGGAACUGA